ACGAGAAACGUCAAAAGUUGUUCAUCGCCGAAAGAAAGAAAAAAGUCGGAACCGUGCGCCGCAUCUCAGUGCCCAGUAUUCCCUUAUCCGGCGUGAUUUUCGUCCGCGUCCGCACGCUCACUACGUCCCGGAACCACCCCGCGCCUUGACCAUGUCGGCCAUUUCCGCUACCGAGAAGCCGCAGAUGCAGCAGAUUGAUCUCAACACACUUAACCUGCAGCAGCUGACCCAGCUCAAGAACCAGCUGGACCAGGAGCUGACCGUAUUCCAGGAGUCGCUACAGACGCUGAAGAUGGCACGCGUCAAGUACUCCGGCUCGAAGGAGGCGCUCGAGCAGUUCAAGCCGGACUGGAACGAGAAGCAGAUCCUGGUGCCGCUGACUGGGAGCAUGUACGUGCCGGGCACGAUCAAGGACGCGGACAACGUGAUCAUCGACAUCGGCACCGGCUAUUACGUGGAGAAUGACCUGGACAGCGCGAAGAACUUCUUCAAGCGGCGCGUGGAUUUUGUCCAGGAGCAGAUGGAGAAGAUCGAGGUGCUGGGAAUGGAAAAGUCGAAGAUCCGGGACGCGAUUCGCGAGGUGAUGGAGAUUAAGCUGCUGCAGUUCGAGAAGGAGAUGAUGAAGAAGCGCGAGGCGGGCGGUGACGCGGAGUAGUUCCGGGCGGUUCCAAUAAGUUGAUACCUACUUUACACUUUAAUUUAUGAGUCAAAGAUCACAGUUUUCGCUUGCAUUAAAACUCAUUACAGCUGCUUUUAAUUCCGCAAAGCCAGCAUUUAGCGGUAACAUUGUGCAACCGGGAAUAAGUUGGAUAAAUUUCAAGAUAACAGUUAAAUUUGCCAAG